GCAACUCGCUCGUCUCCCCCUCAUACACUGCCUUUAGCCCCCCUAUCCUCCGCUUUGUCCCCGCGGCAGCAACUGGUGCGCUUCCGCUUCCACUCAUCACCUUGCUACAUCGCAGCCGGGUCCAACCACCCACACCUAAACUUCACCACAACCACACUUCCUACCUUAAAGCUUAACCAUCCCAGCACCAAACGCAACCGACGUUACCGAGAUUUACGAUUCUCCCACAGACGUCUACGUUUUGUCCUCCACGUCCCAUUCUCACCGUCCAAUUUUCGCUAAAAACAGCGGGUAUUUAAACAACAGUUGACUGCAUCAAAUCGCUCCCUUCACUAAUAGCCACCACUCCCGUCGCACCCCUUUAUUCUCUUCUAAGAAACAAGUAUUUUUUCUCGUUUGAAUAAUUUCUUCCAUUCACAGUUCGUGACGCUUUGAGUAUGUUUUUUGAUGCAGCGAAAACUGGCCGACUGAGAAAACGCGCACCGGCUUCGCUAGAGUCUGCGUUGGAUGAAGAACGUAAAGAGGUUUUACGGUGGAUGAAGGAGCGGGAGGAAAAGAAAAACAAGGAGACAGCUGCUAAAUAUCAGCCCAUUAUUCGAGACUAUGCAUACUACAAACCGUCGUCGACUUCUUCAAAGUCCAAAGACGCGUCUAUUAAGCAGGACGGUACCAAAACUACCCAGCGACAUGCUGAUGAAGAGCUGUCGUCGAUUACCCGAGUAAAAUCUGACCCUAGUAGCGAGGUUUAUGUAAGAAAAACGUUAGAAACCAUGGUUUCUUCGGAACAAAAACAGCCGACAUUGGCUACCACCGAAUCGGAACGGACGAGCAACCGUACCACCGUGAAUGGAACAGCAGGUUCUGCAGCACCUGCGACCUUUGUGCCUGCAUCACCAGCAGCUUCGUUAACACCAUUAAGCCCGGUGAUGCCUGUGUCGCAGGCAUUGUCAUCAUGUUCCACUUCUCCCACUUCUCCCAAUUCGUCGGUUUUGUAUCGAGUCGACGAUAAUUCUGCACCACCUUCUACAAUUUCCUCACCUGCAUCCUCCUUUAGCACGCUGGCCUCACUGCCGGGCACUACGUUGCCCGUUUCGCCCGCCUCUCCCUCUUACCGUUUUUCCCCCAAACCGUCUAUCCCACCGCUCAUUAUCUCGCCUCCAGUCGACGACAAACGCCAGAGGGAGCAUGCUGCUUUGCUUCAAGCAACAACGCAACCACUCUCCAAGAGCCGCUCUUCGCCUCUUGCCAAUACGACACCUUCUUUUAACUCUCGGCGUGCGCCGAAUGCACAAUCUGUCCGUGCAAACGCGACUUCGUCUACAAAGUUGCCGCAGACGAGUUCUGUAUUCACGCCGCCUACCAUUUCUGCUUCCCCGUUGCCUUCUGUAACGGGAUCAUCGAAGGAAGUUCAUCCGAAUACCAACUUUGUUUCUUCGCGAAUCGACAAUUACUUUGGUUCUGACCAGGAGGAGCUGGAACAUGAUCUUUGGGUUGCCAAAUCCAUGAGCGUUGACAUCGGUGUGGCUCGCUGGAUUAAAGCUGCUAAUCGAACUCUCCGGCACAUCCGACGCGGCGAUUUUGAAACUGCUGCAAAGAAUUCGAAAAGAAAUAGUACGUACCUUGUCGCCAUUGAUCUCUCUGCAGAAAGUCUUUACGCUUUGGAAUGGGCUGUUGGUGUGCUCUUAAGGGAUGGCGACACACUUAUUGCGGUCGAUGUUAUUGAUCGUAAUGAAUCUCCUGCGAAAUCUGGCUCCAGUAAAAUGGAAGCUGAACAGAUGCAAGCAAUGGACGAAAUCACAAAACAAGUCAUUCGCCUUCUCAACAAAACCGUCCUUCAAGUUGAGGUUAAUAUUGAGGUUGUACAUCAUGAAAAACCAAAGCAUCUGCUAAUUGAAAUGAUUGACUAUGUCGAUCCGACACUCGUCGUUUUAGGUAGCCGUGGUCGAAAUCACUUGAAGGGCGUUUUACUGGGUUCAUUCAGUAAUUACGUUGUUAAUAAGUCGAGCGUUCCCGUUAUGGUUGCCCGUCGUCGUCUAAAGAAAACCAAGCAACGUGUCGACCGAAAACCGCGCAUGGCAAACAAUUUGGCAAACGCCAUUGUAGAUGAAAUUGGUGCUUUAAAACUAAAAUAGCGUGAUAUCAAUUGGCACUUUUUGCUUUUUUCUUUUCUUUUUUGUUCUCAAAGAAUUACGGUGCUGUUUUUGUCGGAAUUCUCUGUGUGCACGCUAGGUUAUCUCUGUUCUGUCUUGCCAUAUGCUACAUGUCCGGCGUGACAUCUAGUUCAAGCAAAUUGUUAUGGGUUACGUUGUCUAUUCUUAAGGGCUUUUUUCACGCUGGCUAGCACUGGGUGCUGUGCUGUCGUCUCACGUCUCAUUCAAAUUGGUUAUGCCAGUCUCUGUUGCAUAUCCAAACCAUCUCCCUCUGGCAUUCUCAAGCUCGCCAUCCAUAAAACUUCAACCGUGAUCUACAUAUAAUUAAUGCGUGCCAUGAUAUCAGAGUACAUAUGUCUGCGAUGCUAUUCGCUAAUAUUUCCUUGUUCUCUAAAUCAUGGAUAAAACGUUAAUGAAUCUUUCAAUACUCAUGAUGAUAUAUGUGCCAAAAAUUGCAUUUCAAAUAACAUUAAUGAAACGUGAUGUUUUCCCCUUACUCCUGUCCAUUCUUCUAGUUGCGUUUACUUUGUAAAUGACCCGGUUGUUGUUGAUAUAGCAAUGAGAG